GGGGUAUUUUUCUUACAUGUAGUUUGUGGUGUACAGAUGUACAAAAUCAUAAAUUGGAAGGAGAAUCCUCGCGACCGACUAUAGCGUCGUUGUCCUGCAAGUCCCUUUGCGCUUUCGAGGAGUUCGAGUCGGCGUCGGAGCUCGACACGGGCGUCACAUACGUGAUGUUUUGUAGUUUGUUCAUUAAAUGGGCGGCCUGCUGGGUCUGCUUCGAGAUAUUCCACGUUUCCGCCUUAUCGAGGUUUUCGUUGCAGAACUUGAUGAUUUUGUUGAUCAUGUCGAGCGACUCCUGAGCCAGAAUUAGCACCUUGCCAUUUCGAUCGCUCAGAAUCUGGUGGCGGAUAGAUUUCUUGAACCAGUUGUUCGGCUGGCCUGUGUUCUUCGGCGUUUUAUUUCUGUACUUGAACAGGUUGGCCAGCAGUUGCUGUGCCAGCGACCGGGACUUGCGUUUUUGCGAUUCAGUAUUCUGGUCCGGGUAUUCCAGGGAAUCUUCGUAUAUCGUCUUUGUUUCGUCGUCUGAGUCCUCAUCUUCCGACUCCGACAGGUUUUGCUCCAAUGACAUGGCCCAGUUGGUUGGUAGUUUUAACAGCAUUUCACGGACGUUCGAGCGGGCAGGCUCUGGAAGCGAGUUUGCAGACACUUUCGAAACCACAUUCACUAUUUUCUUCACAGUGCCCACUAUCUCGUUUUUGAGCUGCUGGACAGGUAUUUCUGCCUCUGGACUCAGCUUUGGGGUUUCGUCGGGAUUUGGAAGACUAGCCAGAGACGCAGCACUACUCACGGAGGCCAGUGAAGGCAGUGAAAGCGUCGAAGCACCACCGUGUAUAUUAUCAGGACUCGAUGAGCGAGAUUUGCUCACAUUCUGUUCAUUUGCCAGGACGUUGAUGAGGUUCUCAAUGCGCUCGCUAAGUUGCGUGUUUCCGAUCUUCAAAAAAUUAAUGAGCAUGGUGAGUCUGCGGCGACUUUCGAUAUUGAGAUUCAGAACACUGAGCUCAGUGAGAUCCUGAAGACUUUUUUGGGUGGAGAUGGCUGACGAUAUGGUAACCUGCUGACGUAGAGAUGAGUUGAGGCGGGCGAAUCGAGGCUGUGAUGGAGGCGGAAGACGGUUGUUGAGCUGAGAUCCAGAGCUUGUCUUUUCCAGUUUCGGCCGCUUGAGCGGGAUCUGCUCAUAUGCGUCGUCCCUAUCGGGUCCGACAGACUCUGUCUGUUGGCCAUUGCGAGCACGUUUGGAUUUCUCGCCGCUGAGGAGAACAAUAUUGCUUGAAGUGUUGAUCGUUUUCUCCAACAUGUAAUUGAUAGAGCUGGAUAUAAGAGGAUGGGAGGUGACUUUGUCGAGGAUCGUUGGCUUAGAUAACUCUGGCCGGUUCUUCAGCUCGCCCAGAGCCUGUGCUGCCAUCAGAAGCUCUGCAGCAUUUGGGUCCUCUGAAUCGUCUCCCUUGUCUAUCAGCUCGCCAAUUUUGAGCGGUCUGAUCCGCAAGUUCUGCCCAUUGUCUGACAUAAAUAACUAGCUUGGAUUGCAAGAACCCGAAGAUUCAAUAGUCCCUUUCAACGGCUGACAGCUCUUGUACAAAAACUGGGGUAGCUGGUAAUCAGAUGCUAAUAUAUUUACAGCACGGAAAAAGUUUUCUUUUUUUUGUUGAGCGACGCGUCGAUUUGCCGAUAGCCUGUGGAGAAGCAUAUGAAAACUUAUCAUAGCAUAAAUUAGGAAAUUCUUGGGCAUGAGAUAAUAUAUCCUGGUAUAAAGGCACCCCGCCCAUAGGCGAAAAAUCGCAUGUGGUUUUUCACAUGGAAACAUCAUGACCAAUUUCCUGGAUAAUCUCACUUUCGCGUGUAACGUCGGCUUUUAACCUCCAACUCAGCAGACCAUUCGUCCAUCUGCUCCACCAGCAGCGCGAGCUUUUUGGUCCGCUCUUCUAACUGUUGUAAUUUCGGUUUGUUUUUGGCCAGUUCCUGAUCCAGCGCCCGGAUUUUCGACGUCUCGGACUCGAGACUGUCCAGAUAAGGCUCCAGCUCUCUAUACCGGAGGAUCGUCGAGUUGUUGAGCGUUUCCAUCACAUUGAAGUUGGUCAGCGUCGACUGCGUGUCAAGCUCCAAAAUUUUCCGCAUGCACUCGUACGAAUUCCGUAUGAGCUGCCGCAAAUCGUUGGAGCUAGCCAUGACUAGACGAUUCUUUGGAAAAUAAACACCGCCAGGUUGUAUAUUAAACCUGUCAUUGAAAAUUAGCAUGUGCACAGCCCGAAUACAGAUUCUGGCGGCUGGAUGGUAGCACAAAGCUUACCGGCGGUUAAGAACAGGAUAAAUAGUCCGAACGUCCCGCUGGAUAUGCUUGCAUAUAAUAUCACUAGAUCCAACCAUGGUUAGAGUCAGUUCGCUUCGUUCCAGCAAGUUCUGGACCUUCUACGUUUUGGGAGCACACUUGCUUCAGAUGGCCGCUGUGGACGCUGCGUCGGUUCAGCAUCGGGCCGAAGCCGAUGCUCUGCAAGCCCAUCUUUCCGAUACUCAGCAGGUUCUUGCGCCGGCUCCAUACUAUGAGAAAAGAGACUACGAAGAGGCCGAUUUCGAAGCCGAGAAUUACUACGAGGACGACGAGGAGUACGUUGCCGAAGAGUACCAAGAAGAGGAGGAAGAAGACGGCGAUCUUGAGGCCUCCAGCGCAGGGUUUUCUGUGGAUGUUCCUGUCAAAGGGCCCGUUGCCGAGGAGGACCAGAGCUACGACAAAGAAGGGAGACAGCUGGUGUACGAGGUGGACGUUGACCAGGUGAAAAAUAUGAUAGACCUCUAUUUGGCGAUGGGAAAGGAGAAAUUCGCUGGGUUCCUUGCUACAUGCUCGAACGGCCACUUCAUGGAGGCCAUGAAGAUGCUGAGCGCCGAUAUGGCUUCCAAUAAGGAAGGCGGCAACCUGGGCCGUCUGAACAAGUUUUUGGACGCCACUGAAGAAUAUCUCAAGCACAACACUGCGGCAGAGAUGUUUAGAAACGCUUUCAAAGGCGGCAAAGACGUCGAAACUUUCAAGCAACUAGAGAAACUCGACCAGUACUGUGUGGAGAACGAGGAGGAGUGCAACGACGAGCUCACGUUCCAGCAGCAGUCUGUGGAGAACUCAACUCUCAGCAUAGAGUACAAGAGACAGGCGCGCAGAAGAUCCAAGCUCAUCCAGCAGGUUCUCCAGGACAUCGAGGACGGAAAGGACGUUCCUAUCAGUGCUGCCGAGUUCGAGUACAGGGAGGGCAACAUUUUCCUAGACGAGAAUUCCAACGAGUACUACGAGCUGAACGAUGACGACUGCCAGAGUGGUGCAAGCCACCUACGGUCCAGCUUUUCCACCCUGAUUGCCAUUUUUAUGGUGACACUUCUUAUUUAGGACGUUCAUUUAGAGACAUUUAUAAAAUUAUGGUGCA